UCACUUUUUGGUCUUGUACUGAAGACUCUUCUGUCGAUUGUCUUCCACCGACUAAGCCUCGUUCAGCCUCAUCCGUAAGACUAGAUUGUCUAACUUGACGAUGGCGUCUCAAAUUAAAGUGCCCGUGCCCGUUACUUUGUUACCAGGCGUUUGCCGCUCUAUUUAUUAGCUCCCGAUCAAUGCAACAUCCCUCUCCCGUGUCACGUGGACCCGUCUUCCACAACAUCAAGACAGAGUGUUUGCCAGCGACGUAAAAUACAAUGGCUGACUACGGAUUUAGGUAUCUGUCUGGUUGAUUGAGAACCGUUUGGUUACAUACUGCCCCGGUGCUGUUCCUUUGAUACUUUCUUUUGCUCCUUGUGUCAUGGCUUACUCGAAAUGUUCUUCUUCAAUGCAAGUCAUAUACUCGCUUCCGGGGUGACUCCAGGUCACAUCGAGGAGUGAUGGUAUUAUCUUGUCACUCUCUCAGUUCUGGUUCAUCUUCCGUGCUGCAAUGUCCUUACAACCUGUAUGUUUCUGUGUAUGCCGUCAAAGUCUUGACUCAAUAGUAAUCAAGACUAUAAAAGAUAUUCAAUCAUAUAUGAUAUUCAUUAACCUGCAGGUGAAUAGACGAAUCAAAGUCCUCCAAUAUCGCCAAUGUUUGCCUUUUUCAAGCCUGUAAACGGCCAGCGGGAGGCUCGCAGCUGGCAGCCGCACGUGAAUCAGGCCCGUUGGUUCGCCCUGCCUUAUGAGAUCCAAUGGUGAUUGCCUGUCCCAUCUCCCAUGCUCGAGCUCGGCCUGGGGAGAAAGUGAUAACUGGGAGCUCUUUCCAUCAAAUCCUUAUAUAUUGAUUUCACCAACCACUUUUGGAUUAUCUCUUCUUCAUCCGUAUCAGAAUCAAGAUCAGCUCUUGAGCCAACGAAUUAUCAGCAUGAGCAUGAGCAUGAACCAGACGCAGAAACAAGAUGGCCCAGAGAUGCCAGUGAACGAAUCCCAAUGUGUGUACGUGCCUCGAGAGGAAUACCAGAGCCUCCUUGCGAUUGCCCACCAGUAUGUCUACCUACGUCAGAAUCUCAUCGCGCAAGGGCUGAAUGAAGCAAUUGUGAAUUCUCUCUGCCUUCAGAAGCCAGCUGAAGAUGCGCCUACCUAUGCCCCUGAACAGUUUGAACCAUCGCCAACGGCAAAUUUCACGUACAAAGCACAAGCAUCUGCUUUCCCAAUUCAAUCGAAUACCGCUUUGGGCUACCCUGCUGAAGAACAAGGGCUUCGUCUGAAUAGGAGUUGGCAGCCCAAUGCGUCUUAUCGGUCCUCAACCCAUCCAGGUGGCUCGAUCAAUCAGAAACGGCUUGGAAGUUUCCACGACAACAAAAGACCAGAGGUCAAGGAGUGGUUUGAGCGCUCAGCGCAGAGGUCAGUCCUGCUCCUCAAUGUGCCUGAUGGCAUCACACAUGGGGAUGUUGCUGCGGUUGUUCGAGGGGGUCCCGUUCUGGAGAUCUUUCUUCGGAGCAAAGAUAACACUGCCACGGUCUCUUUUUUGCACGAGGCUGACGCCUGUGCUUUUAUUGAGAACUGUCGCACUGCUGCUUUGUACAUCAAAGACCGGAAAAUACAUACCAGAUGGUCUGACUACCAGUUCACCUUGAGUGGCCAGGUUGCCCAUCAUAUUCGCAAGGGCGGCUCUCGUAACUUCGUCAUCCGCAAGCGGGACCCCAACCUCACCAUCCAGGGUAUCCGUGAUGACCUGGAACACAUUCACAAUCUUCAUGUGAUCAGCAUCGAGUUUGAGAAGGACAACUGUUUCAUCAGCACCAAUGCGAUUCAUGGUGCUAUCUAUGCUCGAACAUGUCUUCAGAGCCGAGUAGAAUACAGGGCCUCUCGUAUUGAGUGGUGUGCCGACGAAUGUGCACAGCCGUAUCAGAGCAUGUCAUCUGCGAUUCACAAUCUCGUCCCUAGUGUGAAGACGCAGAGAAGUGUUAUUCCCGCCCAUCCAUCACGCAAGAACCUCAUGGGCAACCGUUUCCAGCUAUUGGAUCUUUCUGAUAGUGAUGGAAGUAAUGGGGAUGAUUCAUCUGACGACUCUUUUUGAGCUACCUAUGGCACAGCAUCUUCGAUUCUUCGAUCUAGUAUGAUCAGGAGAUUAAUUUGUUGUGACGCUAAUGAUCUGUUCAUUUGUACGAGUUUUGCUUCAAGCCUCUGUGAGAGAGGUCUAGUCAUGGAACAGACAUUGAGGUUUGUUCGGCUGUAGAUAUCAGAUUACAAGUUACGUAUUGGCUCUGCGGUUGCUUUCCGAAAGCAAUCUCCUUAACCUCCACUCUCAGGUAGAUUGGUAUCGAGAGUUUUAGACAAGGAAGGGAACGUUACAAUACCUGCAUGGUUGUUGGACGGCAUCAAUCUAAUACAAGAAAAGGAUUAAUAUACUAUGCUACGUUGCAACUUUCAACAGCCUGA